GUAUAUUAGGUCUGUCAACGGCUGACUGUGCAACGGUUACUUAGUUACUUUCAAGUCAUUGUUGUUUGGCUUGUCCUAUGCACAACACGCUUGCAAGACAAUGGUCGCGUAAAUACCUGUGACGUGUAUACCAGUGACGUGAAAUACCUGUGAUCGUGGAACGGUGACAAAAGUCGUGACGCGAAAUGGCAACGACAUGGCUGCCCCCGGAUAUAACCGAAGCGUGUACAAAUCAACAUGCCCCCUUGACACAGUGCACUCAAACCGGGUUUUUGUAUUUGACAUUAUUAACACAAUUGUUUGGGGGUUCCGUCGACAAUAGGAUACCUUUACCUAAAAACCCUUACAGCCAAACUCUAAGUGAUUAUAGAUCGAACUACGACUUUAGACCUACAGAAUUACCGUUAGGUCCGCUUGGAUCGAGUAUAGAAUCAUCGCUUUUGGGCUCAAAAAUUAGUGACACAACGAGCAAAUUUGAAACGAAAUUUCAUAGUUUUGGUCCUAUAGGUAGUGUUGGAGUAUCUAAGACAUCUUAUACCAUAAAACAUGACCCGUUUAAGAGUGAUUUCUCGAGUCCAGUGUCUUUUGAAAGCGCGCCACCGGCGUUUGACUAUAAUUUUGUGAAUAGGCGUAGCUACGUUGAUUCUGAAACUGCUGAUUCGGAGAAAGUGGUAACGAGAGAGAGGAAAGAAGGAAAGAGUAGAAGAAAGAGACAAGUGGUAGAGGAAUAUGACUUUAUCGUCGUUGGAGCUGGGUCGGCAGGAUGUGUUGUCGCGAAUCGUCUUUCGGAAGUCAAAAAAUGGAAGGUACUCCUUCUAGAAGCGGGUCCGGAAGAACCAGACGUGACCAGCGUGCCAGCCUUCGCUCCAACUCUGGCUGGCUCCAGCAUCGACUGGAUGUACCGCACGCAGCCUGAGGAGUUAACCUGUAGAGCUCAGGCUGGACAGACUUGCAGAUGGACUAGAGGACGUACCAUGGGUGGAUCUAGUGCAGUGAACUACUUGGUCUAUAUGAGAGGAAACCAAUUAGACUACGAUGAGUGGGCUGCUUUAGGUAACCCUGGAUGGAGUUUUUCUGAGGUAUUACCCUACUUCAAGAAAGCAGAAAAUAAUCAAGACAUCGAAUCCCAUGAUUUGAAGUAUCACUCAAUCGGAGGUCCUCUAAACGUGGAGCGAUUCCCGUAUAUUGACUACAACAGUAUGAUGUUAGUCCAGGCAUUUAAAGAAAGAGGGUUACCUAUAACUGAUCUUAAUAGCGAAUUUCAAAUCGGUACAGAUAUCAUACAAACAACAUCCAAAAAUGGCCGUAGAUUUUCUACUAAUGUCGCUUAUAUUCGACCUAUUCGUAAUCAUAGACCUAAUUUAAAAGUAUAUACUAAUGCAUAUACUACGAAGAUAUUGAUUGAGCCAUAUACUAAAACAGCUAUAGGAGUACAAUAUAUUGUAAAUGGUGUCAUAUAUGAAGCUAAAGCAAGAAAAGAAGUAAUUGUUAGUAGUGGUACAGUAAAUUCUCCGAAGUUACUAAUGUUGUCUGGUAUAGGCCCUAAAGAACAUUUAGAAAGUUUGAAUGUACCAGUCCAUGUAGAUUUGAGAGGAGUUGGACAAAAUCUACAAGAUCAUGUAACUACUGACUCGCUUAUUAUUGGUUUGUCAAAUAUUACAUCUACUUUGGUAGAUGCACCGACGUUACUACAAGAAGUAAUGAAAUAUUAUAACCAAUAUCCAAAGAAAAAUGGUCCAUUAGCAUCAACUGGGACUUUACCUGCCACAGCCUUUUGGAAAUCAGAAUUUGCAUCAGAAAACGCUCCAGAUAUUCAGUUUCAUUUUGAUGGUCGUAACGUCAGAGACUUUUAUUCAGAUCCGACACAAUAUUUAGCUACAAAUAUAUUUCCGUUAUCUUUUUACGAUGGUCUUUCAGCAAGACCUCUAUUGUUGAAGCCUAAAAGUAGAGGAUAUAUUUUACUGAACAACACGGAUCCACUAUUUGGUACUCCAUUGAUUUACGGCAGAUUCUUUACUGUGAAAGAGGAUUUAGAUACUUUAAUAUCUGGCAUGCGAUUUGCUGUUAGCUUAGAAAACACAGAAGCAUUUAAAGCAAGUGGAGCAUACUUUGUUAAAACGCCAGUCGAAGCAUGCACCCUCUAUCCAUGGGGUACAUACGAUUACUUUGCAUGUCUGCUUAUGAAAUACACAUCAACCAUUUUCCAUCCCGUAGGAACUUGUAAAAUGGGACCAAAAUGGGAUACAAGUGCUGUAGUAGAUCCAAGAUUAAAAGUGUACGGUGUUAGAAAUUUAAGAGUAAUAGAUGCAUCAGUGAUGCCUUUAAUUGUAAGAGGAAACACGAAUGCACCAACUAUAAUGAUAGCAGAAAAAGCUACAGACAUGAUCAAGCAAGACUACUUGUCAUCGCAUCUUUUUUAAGUUUAAUUAUAAAUAUAUAGAUAAACAUAGUUACCACAAGAGUGAUAAUACAUUUAGUUGAGAUUUUGAAAAACUGUAUACUGAGCGAUGCAAUCUCUUUUUUCAAACGAAUUAAUUUAAAAGAAUAUAGUAAAAGUCCUUCCAAUCCUACUAAUAUUAUGAAUGCAAGUUUGUAAGGAUGGAUGUGUGUACGUUUGUUACUUUUUUCCGCAAAAUAUACUGGACGGAUUAUUAUGAAAUUUGGUACACGUUUAGAAUAUAAUCUGAAAUAACACAUAGUGUAUUCUUAAUCAUGAAAUUCCCACAGAGGCGAAGCCCCGGGCCACAGCAAUUUUCUGAUAUAUUCGUUGUGGGAAUUUCAUGCAAUUCAUUGAAUUUAUCGUAUUUCAUUUGCUCAAGAACUAACCCAAUAUUUACAGUAUUGUUCGUUUUUAGACAUACGAAUACAGUUUUUAUGAGCUUUAUUCACUUUGAAUAGAGUUCAAAAUCGCGAUAUUAUUUACCGGAUUCUGGGACAAUAUCAUGGUUAUUGGUACAAAUGUAAUGGUUUCUGGGACAAUCGGGUGUUUUUUUAUGUUAUGCUAUAUAAUUUCAUAAGAAUAUAAUAAUAUACACCAAAACUAAAUUAAAUUACCUAAUUAUUGGUGUAUAACAUUUUAUUGUAAGACUUAUUGUUUGCGCACAAGACUUGCAAAAUCAGACAUUUUCAGAAUUUAACGGCUUUUGGGUAUUUUACCGUAGCUAAAUUGUUUUGUAAGUUUUAGUUUUACAUUCUUUUUUAUAUUUUUUUUUCAUAAAAAAGUACUAAUGUUUUGUAAUAGUUUUUUUUUCUAUUAUCCUGCCAGUGUUAUAUUUUUUAUUGCGGUAAUAUUUUUUUUUUAAGAUCAUGGAAUGAAGUGACAAUUAACGUAAACAUAAAUGUUUAUGAUCUACUUUCCAAGAUUUCCAAGUAAACUGGUAAAUGCAGAAUAAAAUUAUAAUGAAAACUAUAUAUACAUAGGUCAUAAUGUUACGUCGUGCUCAUUAUUAUUUUAUCUAUGCUCGUGCUCCAUUACCUUGACGAUCUAACACGCUUCGUUGAAUUAAUAAAUAUUUUAAUACAUCUAUGUAUAUAGGUUCACAUUGUGAAGCGUCAACGUAGGUCGACGUACCAUAUAAUUUUUGCGUUAAUCCGUCGACGGACGUCAACGUUACGAAGAACUACCGGAGAAACCGAUCCGGGCCGUUAUGGAAUCCAAAAAGUUUUUGUCGCAAGCGUGAUAAUAUUAUUAUUUAUUAAUAACAAACUCCAAUUUUGAAAAUAGCUUUCCUCAGUAAUGAAUAUGGCGAAAUAUAUUUUUUAAUAGGACCAGUUAUAUAGUUCUUCGUGCUUCGUGCUUCGGAAGGCACGUAAGCCAUUGGUCCCGGUUGUAUUUGCAGUCGUUAAAACCAAUCCGAAAUGGGCCCGCGUGGUGGAUCAUGGCCCAAACUCCUUAUCCAUCUAUAACGAAGGCCAGUGCCCCAGCAGUUGGGACAUUUAAAUGGCUGUUGAUGAUGAUGAUAGUUUUUAGAGAUACAUUCAAAUACACUCUUCUGCUUUAUUCAAUUGAAGAUAUUGUUUAAGAAUUUCAUGUAAAAAAUUAUACUUUUUCCGAACUGCACGCAAACGAAGCUGCUGACAUAGCUAGCACACAAUAUAAUACAAAAAACAAAUGAAUAAACAGAAAAACAUAAAUGGUAAGACAUAUUUAGUCAUACAUUCAUCUGCAGAGCGAAGUAAAACAGAAACUUUGAGACAAAGACCAACAGAAUAAUAUUUCGCAUGUAGUCAGCUACGAGAAAUCGGUGUGGCCACCAAAACAGCUGUAAUGGUGAUAAUUGAUCACUGCACAGUAAUAUAAAGUCGCUUUCCUAAUUUGUCUGAAAACUUUCUUCUUAUAAAUCACACUACGUAUUUUAUGGGCUUUUAGUUGAAUUUUGUCAAUGGUUAUACGAAAUAAAAGAUGAUAUUCCUGUACCACAUAAAAAUAAAUGAUCAUAAUUUCUCAAAAUAAUUUUAAAAAUGUAUGCAUUGUUCCAGGGGGGCUACCAUGAAAUAUAAAACAAAUAGUACGUCAUUGUGUCGACACGAUCUCUUACUCUUGUUUUUACACGAUGCGUACACGAUAUGGGAAAAACAGACAGCAUGAGACGUUGCUAAUUUGCUACGUGUUUGUAUGUUUCAUGGUAGGUCUUCAGUAUUGAUUCAGGACUGCCUAAAAACAACACACUUAGUUUUGACACUGACUUGUGUCGACUUACGCCGAAUUACUCCUUAUUUUUUUUGUUAUUCUGCAUUGUUCCGACGUGUCCACGGGCGUCAACGUAACGGAGAACGAUGGAGCGCAAUGUAACAAUGGGGCCACGCACCACAUUUAUCCAGCAACAGUUUAAGAAUGUACUUAUUGGUGUUUAGUAUCAUAUAUGCUAAACGACCUAAAAAUAAAUAUCUAAAAAUAACACCAAACGCACAUGUACGCUCUUUGUUUUUUAUUUUUGUGUGGUAUAUGUGUGUUUGUAUUUUAAACAAAUAUUUUUCUAUUCUCUUCUACUGUAGUAUUCAUUUAAAAUAUAGAACUAGUUCUUGUUCUAAACAUGUGUGGACAGACCCAAAGCUUCACAUAUGGCAAGGAUGAACUCGCUGAUUACGUGGCCACACGCAAGCCCCAUCUGCCGUUCCUGCACCCCCAUUAUCCACCUCCAUAAACCACGGUGCAAACAAUCUGCACAGUUUCUGUUCUCGCUUUUAAAGUCGGCUAAACCAACCAAUAGGGGCUAAGAACGUGUUUCUCAUAAAAUGUUAUAAAAGGUAUGAUAUCUUAAUUAUUGACCGAGCGAGCGAAUCGGGCAAGAUCUACAAAUCAACUUGGGGCAAAAAUACAUUUUUGUAUGUAUGUUUGUAAUGCAAUAACUUUCGAACCGUUGGUCUGAUUUUGAUGAAAUUUAAAAGGUAGCAUCUGUCAAUAGAAGCAAAAAUAUUCACAGUUUUGUAAAAAAUUAUAGCGUUCGCGAGGUGUAAGUUCGCGGCGAACAACUUAGUAUAUUUUAAUUAUAGUAAUCAAUAGGUAUAUUGUAAUUUGACAGAUAACCUAACUACUAAGAGCUUGUUAUACCAGUUUCUGAUAAAAUAUCAAUAGUGAUCUGACAGACAAACUAACUAGUAGAUAAAUAUCUCCAAAAUGAUUUGCCAGUGAGCUCUUGUGAAACAAAGUUUCUAACGCUAUUCGACA